CGGAUCACAGUGCCAUAUCCUAUUUAUAAAUUCUGCCUGAGCAAAAUCGUUCUUUUAGGGUUUUUCUUAUCUAACUUUAAGCGCCUCCAUUUCCCCUGUUUUUCACUUGUCCUAACUAAUAUACCUCCGCCAUUUUCAUCCAUUGACAGCAGCAGCAAGAUGGCGUCUGUUGAAAUUGCGAUGCCGCCGCCGGAGAUCAACGAGAACUAUGUCGCGGAUGUUAAACUUUUCGGUAAAUGGAGCUUUGAAGACGUUACGAUCCAAGAUAUUGCCUUGGCCGAUUACAUUGGUGCUUCCCCCGUUAAGCAUGCAACCUUUGUGCCUCAUACUGCUGGUAGAUACCAAAUGAAGCGAUUUAGGAAAGCCCAAUGUCCCAUUAUUGAGAGGCUUACCAACUCUCUCAUGAUGCAUGGACGCAACAAUGGUAAAAAGUUGAUGGCUGUUCGUAUUGUGAAGCAUGCCAUGGAAAUCAUCAACCUCUUGACUGAUCAGAACCCAAUUCAAGUCAUUGUUGACGCCAUUAUUAACAGUGGACCAAGAGAAGAUGCUACUAGGAUUGGAUCUGCUGGUGUCGUUAGGCGUCAGGCUGUUGAUAUUUCUCCCUUGAGACGGGUUAACCAGGCCAUAUACCUUUUGACAACUGGUGCUCGAGAAAGUGCUUUCAGGAAUAUCAAGACUAUUGCUGAGUGCCUUGCCGAUGAACUCAUCAAUGCUGCCAAGGGGUCAUCAAACAGUUAUGCCAUCAAGAAGAAAGACGAAAUCGAAAGAGUUGCCAAGGCCAACCGUUAAGUUCGAAAUUUGGUUCACAACGAUUUUGUUUAUUUUGCAAUUUUGAAAGCCUAGACUCAUAAAGAGUAAUAUGUAUGGUGGGUUUGUUCGUUAGUUUCUCUUGCAUAUCGACAAAUUUGUAAUGUUGGAUUUUAGAUUCACUGAUGCUAGUUGUGAAUGAGAACCCCGAAUCGAUGCUAUGUUGGUUUCCUCUUGGUUAAUUUUUACCCGAGGUUAUAUUUUUAUUAUUUUUA